UUGGCCUCCCUUGCCCCUCAGGCAUGUCCUCCCCGGCCCCCGUCGCAUCCUGCUCGGCGGUGCCUACGGCUGCCCCGCAGACCGAUCCGCCCGCCGUCCUUCGACUCCAACUCCAUAGAGUGCUCAGACUCCGCGUCAAUGACCUCGUCCUCUCGGAAGAGAAUACCCUCCCAGACCAGUUCCUCAAGUAGCUGCUUCGCGGAUUCCGUCGGAAUAACGACUGGAGAUAAUUCCUUCACGAAAAGGGUGCCCUCGCGCUCCUCAUCUUCGUCCCAGCAAACAAGCUCCACUGCCGCUCAAUGA